AUGGAGCAACAAGAAGAAGAAAAUCAGAUCAAAACGAUGAAGCAACAGGAAGAAGAAACUCAGAUCAAAAAAAGGAGACAAUCUUCAUCAGUCUCAUCGUCCUUUCCUCACGAUCUCAUCUCGGAGAUACUCUUGAGGCUGCCUUUGAAAACUGUCGGGAGAUUUCGUUGUGUUUCGAAGCUCUGGUCAUCAGUCACCACAGAUCGUUACUUCAUCAACUCGUUCGUAACUCGGCCCCAAAGCAAAAGUCCAAGACUUCUACUCUGCUUCAGAAGAGCCAACAAGGUGUUUGCUUUCUCGAUUCCUCAAGAUCAUCCAAAAGAGGCUUAUUCAGUUUCUUCCCAGCCUGUUGAUAGACUUCAUAUGACGACAUACCACAAAAACGGUGUCUUCUCCCCCAGGAAAUCUGUGCAAGGCUUGAUCUGCUUUCCAAGAAGAGCAAAAACCCUAAUUUGGAACCCUACAACAAGACAUAUCUCAACCAUACAUAAACCGGAAAAGAGUUGGAAGGAUAGAACAGUGUUUUUAGGAUACGAUCCAAUCGGAUGUAAACACAAACUCGUGUCCAUGCCUUGGGAUAAAACCAGCGACGAGUGUAGGGUUUUAACAUUGGGAUCAGAUCAAGAAUCAUGGAGAAUGGUCAAAACCAACCAUAAUCAUCGUCCUUCCACCAACUAUAUUAGUUACGAAUGCAUCAACGGAGUUCUGUAUUAUCACGCAUGUAUUGGAGAGGAUGAGAACGUUCUUAUGAGUUUUGAUGUCAGAUCUGAGAAGUUCCAUGCGAUAAAACCACAAUGGAAUAACAGCUUUGGUUUACUCACAAGAUAUAAGGGAAAGUUAGCUUGUGCUACGGUUAGCUAUCCAGAUUCUUGUCUAAUAGUGUGGACUCUGAAGGAUCCAGAGAAGCAUUAUUGGUCGCCUAUAAACUUUCCAGGAGCACCUUUACAUCCCUAUGCUCCGAGAUUGAAAACAAAUUUCCGGUUAACUGGUAUCACGGAUGCUGGUGAGUUUGUUUACGUACCAUAUGAGUUUCGUCAAUCGUUUUAUGUUAUGUAUUAUGAUCCCAAAAGAAAGAGCAUCCACGUAGUUGAGUUUAAAGGAAUCGCAGACGACGAGUUUAGGCUCAAGCAUGGACUUGGAAAUAGACGUCUGUCUACUAUCUUUACUGUUCCGAAUCACAUAGAGAGUCUCGUGUCUUUGUAA